AGCCAAUCAGAGGCAGAUUAAGGCAGAAUGGGGCGGGACAUGUCAUCGGGGGAAAUACUCGGUUUACGGGUCUGUUUGGAUUUUGUUGUGUGGGUCUUGUAGCUUCAAGUAUGGAUAACAUUUUGGAGGUGGAUAACCUAGAAAUGCGUCUUCGGGAGCUGGAGAGUCGUAUUUACGGGGAGAGAAGAAACAAAAGUGGAAAACCCGUCAAGUGCGCUGAGUCUUUGGCCAGGAUUCAGGCUGGUCUCACCAAUACGGCCAACAAGAGAGAACGAGUGAAGAUCCUGCACAAGAAGAUUGAGGACCUGCUGAAGUACCUGGACCCCCAGUUCACGGACCACAUCUCAGUACCUGAUGCCAUGAAGCUGGAGUUUAUUCUUGCUGAGGAGGACUUCCUGCUUUCCCAGGCUGCUUUGCUGGAGCAGAUCAGCAACACGCAGCCACUGCUGGACAGCACCUACAUCCGAGAUGUACCGGAGCACGCCACCAAGCUGCAGCGCCUGUCCCAGAUUCACAUCAAGGAGCAGGACCAAACUGAGGCUCAGUCCCUGGAAGUGAAGAAGCUUUUCGAGGAAUACAACAAAAUGAUGUUCCUGCUGUCCAAGCAGUUCACCCAGUGGGAUGAGACCCUGAGGAAGCUGGAGGAGGCCAAGGGCAUCCGGCCUGUGGAGUAGCUCCUGUCAGCAUACUGAUGAUGAUGAUGAUGAAGAAGACUGCGCCGCGGUGGGAGCUUUAGAGAAGACAUGUGUUGCUGGUUCCCAACCGUUCUCCAACCAGUCUUAUUUAAUAAAAUCUUCUCUAGGAGCGGAGCAAAAAAAAACACAACUCUGUCUCAUGUGACGGUUCAUCAGUCGUUCUAUCACGUGACGUGUGGUUCAGACAGCUCGGAGAUGCUGCUUUUAUUUAUUUUUCUGAUAAUAGAGCUUCUUAUGUUUGCAAACUGUAUAUCAACUCAACUUGUAACACAUUCCACCGCUGCCUCCCUACUGCAGGACAGUCACAAGACUUGUUGUUCUGCCCUUUACCUAUUUUCUCUCUCU